AUGACAAAUAAUGGAAAUAUGUCCAAUAUUACAGAAACAUCUUCAUAUUUAAGUGAUCUUAGGUAUUUGGGUUAUCAUAGUUUAUCUAUGAUUAUUCUUGGUUCAGUCUUCAAAUUAAUAACAUUCAUUGUCUUAUAUCGACCAGCAUUUCAAAACACAAAAGUACGUCCAAUAAUACAUUAUAUGCGUGUACUAGCAUUAAUUGAUUUUCUUGGAUUAUAUGGAUGGAAUCUUGACAAUUAUUUAGGUCUUGUACAAGGUUUUACAUUAUUUUCCUCAUAUACAGUUGCAUCAUGUAAGAUUUUUUCAUUUCUUAAUUAUUUUACAACUCAAGUAUCGGCAUGGUUACAUGUUUUUAUUUGUUUUGAUCGAUAUUUAUUUUUAAGUCGCACACAACCAAAUACUUGGUUUAAUCGAUCAAAAAGUGUUUUAAUUAUCAUCGCUUGUAUUAUUGGAGUUUUUACUCUUUAUAAUUUACAUUUUUUCAUAUUUGUUUGUUAUAAAGAUGAAAAUGGUCAAGUUAACAUGGAUUCAAAAUUCUAUCAAGUUUAUCCAUUAUAUGAUAAAAUACAUAUAUUUAUUUAUAGUAUUAUACCAUUUAUACUUAUGAUGAUAUUCAGUUCAAUUUCAGUAUAUCAUUUAGGAAAAUUACGACAAAUAACCACAAUACAAAAUUCAAAAAUUCCACAUCGAUCCAUUUCAAUAGCACUUAUAAGUACGAGUCUUGUUUUUAUUUUAGCACGUACGCCAACAUCAAUUUGUUAUGGAUUCUUUUAUAAUAAUCUUUCUGAAACUAUUUUGGGUCGUCGUAUCAUAAAUAGCUUUGAUACGCUUUUAUAUACAUCGCCUAUCUUAGAUUUUCCUAUCUAUCUAAUUACCUUUAGUGAAUUUCGUCGUGAAUUCAUUCGAUUAUUGCGAAGAAAUUGA